UCCAAUCCAAUCUGUGCCUAGCGAAAAUAUGGCCUCGACUGGUGGCGGUCAGUGGGAAUACGUGGGUAAAUCCGGCAAGCAGAAGCAAGGGAGCGGCGACAAUGGUUCGAAAAUGUCCAAGAUGCAAAAGAAGAAACUCGCCGAAAGCAUGCCGAGGAUUGAACCCCUGGAACCCCUGAAGGAAAGCAGCACCAUCUACGACGCACUGGCGAUCAAGGAGGAGAAGGAGCAGCCGCCUCCCAAACCGGCCAAGAAGCCGGCCAAGAAAAAGCCCAAGGAGACGGAGAAGCAGCAGGCUCCGCGGAGCCUGGCUUACACCCUUUCGCAGCUGGAGGGAGACGAGAUAGCCCAGCUGAUGGCCGAGGUGGAGCUUCGCUUCCCGAGCACCCCGCUGCUCUGGCUCAAGGACCUGGCCGCAUUCCUCAACAAGCGCUUGGAACAUACCCCGGAGUCACCCAACCUGGCCGAGCAUCCCACGGGUUUCCCGCUGUCCGGCGUGUCUGCUGGGGUGCGGGCGCAGCUGAGAGCAGCCAUGAGCAACAAGGCCCUCCACGGACUCUUCUGGGAGCACUGCCUGAGCAAUCUGCUCACGGAUUUCGCCAAGGGGCUGCCUACAAUGGGCUAUCGACUGUGCUUGCAGACGAUGGCUUCGGAGCAUCCGGAAGUCGUCACUUCUCGCAUGCAAAAGUUGGUGGAGCUGCGCAGCAAGAACCAGCAGAAGCAGCCGCAGUGCCUGCUGGUGCUGUGGGCCGCCUGCCAGGCCGGGCUGUCGGACCUCUCCAAGGGACUCGCAGUGUGGAUGGAUCUACUGUUGCCUGUGGCCGGGGUCCGCCCCUACGCAGCCCUGGUGGUGGACUACCUCUCGAACCUGCUAGAAAGGCACCCGAGCAAGGUGGCAGGCCUUGGGGACCAAGGGGUGCGCCAACUCUUCACCAUCUUGGACCUGGCAUUUGGGGGCUCGCUGCCGGUCUCUCCCAAGCAGCAGGAGACCCUGCUGGCACUCUACUACAAAUUCAAGGAACUCAGCUAUGCAGGCCGGCGUGAAAAGGUGCUCCACAAGUACUUCCCCUCGUACCUGCGACGCCUCGGCGGAAAUAAGCGGCACUCCAGCCUGGAUGCCGAGCUCCUGUCCAGCCUCGUGGAGUGCCUGAGCCAGGACGAGCAGACGUACCGUGUGUGGAGGUCUACCCACUACCAGCUGCAGCUGGUGCCAUCCAGGCUGCUGAUCCAGCACCUGGAACACCAGUGGCAGCUGAUGCCGCGCCGAAGCCAGGUGCUGCUAAGGGAGACCCUUGCCAGCUUUGCUCUCCCCAACCCUUCUGCUAAGCCAAGCGCCGAAGCUGACGAGACUUGUCGUCAGAGUCAGAUCCUGCUGAAGAAGAUGAGUGGGCGUGGCUUCCCCUGGUUCUUGGUACUGGUGACGCUGGCAGCCGCCGUGGGGGCCCUGGUGGUGUGGGACGUGCAAGGCUCCUUCCAGCGGUCGCGAACGAGGCAGCUGCUUAAAGAUGCCGGUCUUCUGAGCCACCUAGAACCGGCCAUCGCCAAGGGAGCGGUCUACUGGCAGGACGGCCUCAGCUGGGUGGGCACCCACACCCCCCGGCUGUACAAGCAGGCCUGCGAGCAGUUUGGGCCCACCCUGGAUGCCGUCUGGGUUCAGGCACUGGCCUCUGCCGCCUGGGCCUGGGACCGGGCGGCCCCCGCCAGGGACUGGCUCUGCAAGCAGGGACAUCCACUCCUGCAAUGGGGGGACGAAUGGGUGCCCUUUUGCGCGGCCACAGUGCUUCGGGCGGCCCACGAAGCGUGGGCCACCGUAGGAGUCGGGGUGUCCUGGUUGCUCACCAACCUGGUCACCGGUGCGCAGCUCACUUCUGCCUGGCUCACCCAGAACGUGCUCACGGGUGCCUGGUCUCCCGAGAAACUGCAGGGCCACGCGUCGGACCUUGCAGCCGCGUUUCAAGGCUAUGCCGUGGAGGCCUACCGUUGGCUGCACGACCAGGUGGCGCAGAGCCCAGUGGCCAAGUGACCGACGCACGACUGCUGCACGUGACCUCGUAGUAAAGCCCCGUUGUUGCCGUUACGAUUGCGCCGCGUUUUUGGGCCGUCUGAUCACCCCGGGACAUUACGCACGGUUGCCAAUCGUUUUUUUUCACCUUCACGUGGGUGCGUGGCAAAACGUUGCGCCGCGAGUGAGUGCCUCCUCAUAAACGGCGUCUACGGAAAAUACAAGCUGUAAACUACCGGUUGUGUUGUAUGGAUAAGGGAGCUUUGCUGCGUUCGAAAGGUGUCGACAAAUGACUGAAGGGAAUAUUGGGGAACAAGGGAAAGGAAUUGAAAAGGUCGGGAUAUUGGGACACCAUCUUGCCGUCGCGUGGCCUGUUUUAUCACCCGAUUGGAACCAGUUCAGGUUAGUAUGAGAACUUAAUAAAACCAAUCAUGGUUUAGGUUUUGUUGCCGACACGUUGGUUUGAGCAUUGGGAUUGAGUGCGCAUGUUCUGGCCAUGCCUCGGCCCUGGAAUACUCUGCAGCCUUUUGGCUCCUCUUUUUGCUUUUGGAUGCAAGAAUCUUUUGGGGAGUGAUUUCCCAUUCCUUACCAGUGGCGGCGGCUUUCGAGUAAGGAAUGAGGACCACUUGGUGCGUGACACAGGCAUUCGCUGCAUUACUGCUAUGGGUAAAUUGUCAGUCACGAAACACUUCGCUCAUCUGAUGUAUAGGUUACAAAAAAAUAAGAGUAAUCCAUCUAAAGAGUUGUUUUAAAAUUAUUUUUCUUUGCCCAUUUAAGCACAGCUUUGUGCUAGCAAAACAUUUCUUGAGGCUGGGGAGAUGUUUUUCCACCAAAUCUUCAAAUAGCAAUUGAAGUGAAAAAAUUUUUAGGAGCAGAGUCCAAACUUCAGAUUUCAAGCAUGCUGCAAAUUCUUUUUUUAAUAAGCAUUUUUUUUUUUUUACCAGAGUUGUAAGCAACAAAAAUCAUAGUACUCGCAACUUUCGUUCGAGCACAACAUCGAAAUGUUUACCAAGUAUUGCUUAACACUAUAAAAAAAAAAAAAAAGAUGGCACAAUUUUGGGAAACAUUUCGAUAAAAGUAAACACGUCCAAGUAUGGAUUAUUAAGUCUCUUGACAUUAACUUUUCCUCAGUGUUUGUUACGUUUUCUAUGUGCGUUAUACACUGUUAUAGCUCGCACAAAACAAACGCUAGUUGACACAAACUAUGUCCAUUAUAUUUCGAAUGGCUUCAACAGCCUUCCAGACGAGCUUGAUGCUCAUAAAAAUAGCACAUAAAUAAUACAUUGCAUUACAGCGUGUUAAAAAAAAAAAAUUUAUUUGCAAGCCAGUGCGUCGAUGUUGCGUGCAAUGGUUGCAACAGACCUUGUUUCUCGUACAUCGAGUACUAGCAAGUCUUGGAGUCUGUACAAAGAGCUGCACAUUUUCUUCCUUUGACUUUAGGAGGAAGAAAGUUGCAGUAAAUUUUGUAGCUUCUUUCUUUGAGGAGUCGAUACUGAGGUUAGUUGUACCUUUUACUACUGUUGACCGUGUUGCAAGCUCUACUGUUGCCCGUGACCACUCCGAAGAGCACAUGAGUUUGCCUGAAAACUGCCGGUGUCCUAAUAUACAUUUGAGGCAACUGGUCCGUGUGUGCUGUAGCCAGCGUUCUGUUUAAUGAAGUGGAAGAAUAAAGGCCAACUUGUUUCA